AUGGCUGAAAGGAUGGACCGCAUAGAAAUAACAAUGUACGAGAUAAAGACGAGUCUCAAAGCGAUCCAACCAAUAAACCAACCUGGUAAGCUCGCAAUGUCUGAAGCCUCCAAUUCGGCGACCCGACCUGAAAAAGGCAAAGCCCCGGCAAGGCCGGAUACAUACCCUCCGGUCGACAGCACAAAUGUCACCUCCAAACCAGAGCCCGAUUCCAUCGCUUUAACACCUGGCGAAAAAUUUGUCAAAGAAACUUGGCCUCAAGCACUUCUGGCUCAUGACGUAAAUCACGAGGCAUAUACCAGCAUAAAAAAUAAGGUGAUAAUAAGACCGGAACUUCGCCUGGACAAGGCCAACUCUACUGUAUUUUCCAAGCUCGCUGAAAUUCAGUCAGCUUUUAGAAUUGCCUUAGUCCUGUACUGGUACUGGCCACAACGGCUUUGCUUAGACAUGAAAGAGGACUUCCAAUGUACACGCGUUUAG